CGGUAGGGCUGCUCUUCCACUUCGCCGGUGGCAGCCAUGUUGGGGCUCGCGAGUCGCUGCUGCGCCUCUUCGGCCUCCUUUUUGCUGAGGGGAGCGCGGGGCGCGUCGAGUCCCCUCAAGGACCUGCUGCAGCUGCGGAGCGGUGCGGUUGCCGCUGCCGCCGAAGCCCGCCGGAACUAUGCUGCACAAACAUCUCCUGCAGCUAAAGCUGGAGCCGCCACUGGACAUAUUGUGGCAGUCAUUGGUGCUGUGGUUGAUGUCCAGUUCGAUGACGCCCUGCCACCAAUCCUCAAUGCUCUUGAGGUGCAAGGCAGGGAUACACGCUUGGUGCUAGAAGUGGCUCAGCAUUUAGGUGAGAAUACUGUUCGUACCAUUGCUAUGGAUGGUACUGAAGGUUUGGUGAGAGGCCAAAAGGUGUUGGAUUCUGGAACACCAAUCAGAAUUCCUGUAGGACCUGAAACCCUUGGCAGAAUCAUGAAUGUGAUUGGAGAGCCAAUAGAUGAAAGAGGUCCAAUAAAGACCAAGCAGUUUGCUGCUAUUCAUGCUGAAGCACCUGAGUUUGUGGAAAUGAGUGUUGAACAGGAAAUCCUUGUGACUGGCAUUAAAGUUGUGGACCUUCUUGCCCCAUAUGCAAAGGGUGGUAAAAUUGGUCUGUUUGGUGGUGCUGGUGUAGGCAAGACUGUAUUGAUCAUGGAGCUGAUCAACAACGUUGCCAAAGCUCAUGGUGGCUACUCAGUAUUUGCUGGUGUUGGAGAAAGAACCCGUGAAGGAAACGAUUUGUACCAUGAAAUGAUAGAGUCUGGUGUCAUCAACUUGAAGGAUACCACAUCCAAGGUUGCUCUCGUUUAUGGACAGAUGAAUGAGCCACCUGGUGCUCGUGCCAGAGUUGCUUUGACAGGCUUGACUGUUGCUGAAUAUUUCAGAGAUCAGGAGGGUCAAGACGUGCUGCUCUUCAUUGAUAACAUCUUCCGUUUCACACAGGCUGGAUCUGAAGUAUCCGCUUUGCUGGGUAGAAUCCCCUCAGCUGUGGGUUACCAACCUACUUUAGCUACUGAUAUGGGUACCAUGCAGGAGAGGAUCACAACAACGAGAAAGGGAUCUAUCACCUCUGUGCAGGCCAUCUAUGUACCAGCUGAUGACUUGACAGAUCCAGCUCCUGCGACCACAUUUGCCCACUUGGACGCCACCACUGUGCUGUCUCGUGCCAUUGCAGAGCUGGGCAUUUACCCAGCUGUAGAUCCUCUGGACUCUACUUCACGUAUCAUGGAUCCUAAUAUUGUGGGACAGGAGCAUUAUGAUGUGGCCCGUGGGGUGCAAAAGAUCUUGCAGGACUACAAGUCCCUCCAAGACAUUAUCGCUAUUUUGGGUAUGGAUGAAUUAUCUGAAGAGGAUAAGCUGACAGUGGCACGUGCCCGUAAAAUCCAGAAAUUUUUGUCCCAGCCCUUCCAGGUGGCUGAGGUUUUUACUGGCUAUCCAGGCAAGCUGGUGCCUCUGAAAGAAACGAUCAAAGGAUUCAAUCAGAUUCUGAUAGGAGAAUAUGACCAUCUCCCAGAACAGGCUUUCUAUAUGGUGGGGCCCAUUGAGGAAGCCGUGGCCAAGGCUGAUAAGUUAGCUGAAGAACACUCAUGAGUUUACCUUUGAGGCAAACCUUGUAUGCUUUCAAGUGUCCAGUGGUUCACUUUGUCCCACCUCACAGUUCUUGAAACUCUUGGAAAUUUCUUGAAAAUAUUUAAAAGUUUCCAAUAAACGGUCUGGUGCGAUUAUAAAA